CUAGACGUGUCCCGAACAGCGAGGGGGAAGGCAGAGGGAAGGACCAGGUCUCUGGCAGCCUGACUUGCUCUUCCUCACCCUGCCCAAAGAUGUCUGGUGAUCCUUCCCUCGCCGGCGCAAGGCCUGGCGAGGAUCCCGAGUGUGGCAGCUUCCUGGAGGAAAGCAGUGGCGGGGGGGAUGGCAGUGGUGUCCCGGGAGGGGACAGCCCGGUCACGGGGCCGCUGGCUGCAGUGUUGCUGGUUAUGUGCCUCACCGGGGUGGUGGGCAACAUCUACGCAGUGGUGGUGGCCUCUGGCAGGGUGGUGGGUCGCUCAGCAGGCUCCUUAGGGGUCUACGUGAUCAACCUCGCCCUGGCGGACCUCCUGUACCUCUGCACCAUCCCCUUCGUGGUCUGCACCUACUUUGCCCACGACUGGCUCUUCGGGGACGUGGGCUGCAGGCUUUUGCUCAGCCUGGACCUCCUCGCCAUGCACGCCAGCAUCUUCCUCCUGACUGCCAUGAGCCUGGAGAGGUACUGGGCGGUGUCCCGGCCUCUGCGGGCGCGGCGGGCGGGCAGCGCCUGCCGCAAGCUGGCCAGUGCCGCCCUCUGGCUGCUGGCGCUGCUGCUGGCGGCGCCCACCGCGGUGAUGACCCAGCUGCGGGAGGAGGCCGGGCCGCACAAGCGCGUCUGCGUCCCCACCUGGACGCCGGCGGCCUUCCGCCUCUACCUGACCGUGCUCUUCGCCACCGGCGUCCUGGCGCCCGGCGUGGUGCUGGCCGUCGUCUACGCCCGCCUGGCCCGGGCCUACCGCUCCUCCGCACGGCGCCCGGGGCUGCCGGCGGCCGGCCGGGCCCCCGCCCGCCGGCUCUUCUCCGGGAUCGCUGCCGUCGUGGCGGCCUAUUGGGCCUGCUUCCUCCCCUUCUGGGCCUGGCAGCUGGCCGGGCUGUACCGGGGCGAGGGGCUGGGCAUGGGCCCCACCGCCCAGGCCUACCUCAACUUCGGUGUCACCUGCCUGGCCUACGGCAACAGCUGCGUCAACCCCUUCCUCUACACCCUGCUCGCCGGCAGCUCCCGCCGGCGCCCCGGCCGCAGCGAGAGGAGCGCGGCGCGGCCCCCGGCACCCUGCCGGGAGGCGGCGGGGGGACCCGGGGGAGGCCACGGUGUCCCCCUGGCUUUCGGGGAGUCGCGGGGGUCAGUGGGGGGAGCAGCGGCCCAGGUUGGGAAUGUCUCCCAGCCUCUGGCCGGGUCAAAGUGA